AGCACCACUAGUUCCCCAGGUCCUUCCCAAGGCCUUUCCCUUUCCUCCUCUUCCUUAAGACUAGGCUAGAAGAGGCGUGGCUGCCAUUUCCUUAUACUGUACAGUAUAAAAAGCCUUAGAGCCAUGGGCUUUUGAGGCUGUUUGGCUGCCGCCAUUUCGAGCCUCCUGAGACUUUGCUGGUGGAGAAGAUGCUCCAACUCUUAUCCAAGGGCUUCUCGUUCUUUUGGCGAAAGGCCGAGGAAGAAGGGGAAGAGCCCCUGACAAGCAGAGAUGCCAAACAGAUCAAAACUGUACAUGGCGUAGUGACAAGAUUUUGCCUGGACUAUGGGUUGAUAGAUGAUUCAAUUGUUUUCACCAAUGAUGUUGUGAUUAGCAGUGCGCUAUUGCAAGUUGGACAGAGGGUUGUAGCUCUUGUUGAAGAAGACAAAGUAUCAAAUGGAUUAAAGGCAAUCAGGGUAGAAAUAAUAUCUGAUAAGUGGGAAGAAAGCAGCAUACGUCCCUGUGAAGGGGACUCAAAUAUUAAGACGCUAAUUGGCAGUAUUACAUCUCUAACUGCCGUUGGUGGUUGCAUCAAUCUGACAACUUCUUUUUCCAUGAAAGAUGUUUGUGAAGGCUUUGAUCCUUGUAAAGGAGAUUUGGUGCAAGCAGAAUAUGUUGUUAACCCAACAACCUGGAGCAGUGAAGCAAUUUCUGUAAAGCCCUUGAGAUAUAAAAGAAUUGAUAAGGUCCGUAUUUCAAGUGUGUGUGGAAGAAAUGGUGUAGUAGAUGACCAUGUAUUUUUCAAUCUAGAUUCUCUGAGACUUCCUGAAGGCUACUUUCCUCAAAGACAUGACCUGGUCAGUGUGGUUGUUGUAGAGAGUAACCAGUCAUGUUAUAUAUGGAGGGCACUUUGUAUGGUUCCUGCAGAUAAAAAUAGGCCAUCUGUAACCCACGAAUUGAGUUUGGAUGAGCCAUAUGAACAGUUACUGAAAGACAAAGGAGGACUUGAAGUGUCAAGAAUGACAGACUUUGGCAAACUUAAAUUAGGAGUGACUAAAAGCAUGGACAUUUGCAUAGAAAAUAAAGGGAAGGCAAUACAUCAUUUAGUCAGCUGCAAAUUAGGUGGCUGGGAUAAAGAGAAACAAUUUUAUCUGCAAGCGCCAGAAAAUGGCCAGAAGAGUUCAACAACAUCCAUAUCAUCAUCCGUUGUACCCAAAGGUGUUAAUCCUGGGGUUGUAUCUGCAGAUUUGAAUAAUAUUGAAGACUGUGACAGUUCUUUUGUCAGUCAGACAGAAAAACUAAGCAGUGAACAAGUACAGAAUGAAAAUGUGAAAGAAAAUAUGACUGAAUCCAAGGGGGACAUCUCCUUGCCUUCUGGGCAGAAGAUUUCUAUUACGGUUUUAUGUACUGCCAAAAAUCCUGGCCACUGUAAAGAACUUCUGCUGCUCUGUUUUUCGGACUGUGUUAUUGGUCGCUAUAUUGAAGCCACGGUGAUAACAGAAGAAGAAUCACUAAUAACAGCCACUGAGCCAUUUUCCCCAAGAAAAUACCAGUUCACCUCUGAGAACGAGAAGAUAAAGGCAACAGUGGUUUUACCAGAUUGGAAAAGACAGUCAAGGAGACAGCUACCAAACUUCAUUCCACAGUACCCAAUUCCAGAUAGAUUAAGGAAAUGUGUGGAAAAGAAAUUGGACAUUCUUGCUUUUCAUCCUCAUCUUGGAGAGGGCUUAACUCUAGCUAAUUAUAAAGCAGUUUUUUCUACUUUGCUAUGGCUUGAGGAGAUCAAUGAAGAGGUAGAAUUAAAGGAUUUCUCCCUGUGUGGAGUCAUUUUGAAAAAAAAUGGAAACUUUCUGGUACUUGAAGUGCCAGGUGUUGCAGAGGGUCGCCCUUCUUUAGCUCCAGGUGACAGAGUGAUAUUAAAAUCCCAAGGCAACUCGGAGCAUAUAAUCCACUAUGUUGCUUAUAUUACUGAGAUUCAUGAAGAAGAUGUUACCCUGAAACUUAGUCCAGAGUUUGAGCAGACUUAUAAUUGUGAACCAAUGGAUGUAGAAUUUACUGUCAGCAGGACUACAACCCGGAGAUGCCAUUUUGCAGUUGGAGAAGCCCCUCAUUUAGGAGAAAAGGUUUUAUUUCCUGAUAGUCUUACUGUGCAGUCUCCACAAAUUGUCAAGCAGUGGAAUGAUUCAGAAUCUCCUUGCAAUGCUCAAGAAGAAAGCACCACACAAGAAACCAAGAAUGACAAGGUACAAAAUAGUAAGGCAAAAAGGAUGCCAAAACAUAAAAAGGCAGCCGUUUUUUCUGAUGUGGUGACUGUUGCCACACAACCAACAAAUAGAACUACAACAUCUGCUAGAAAAGACUGCGGCUUUUUCAAUCCAGUGCUGAAUGAACAUCAGAAACUAGCAGUGCAAAGGAUACUCAGUGGUGAAUGUCGCCCGACUCCUUAUAUUGUCUUCGGACCACCGGGAACUGGCAAAACUGUCACAGUCAUUGAAGCAAUUUUACAGAUACAUUACACUUUACCAGACAGCCGAAUACUGGUUUGUGCACCAUCGAACAGUGCAACAGAUCUUAUUUGUUUUCGACUUCAUGAUAGCAACAUGUUAAAGCCAGGAAUAAUGGUGAGGGUGAAUGCUUCCAGCAGAAGUGAAGAGAGUCUUAGUGAUGUAAUAAAACUUUACUGCAAGGAUGGAGAAGACAUUUGGCAAGCAUCUCGGUUCCGAAUAAUUAUUGUGACAUGCACCAGUGCAGGAAUGUUCUACCAAAUAGGAAUAAGACUUGGACACUUCACACAUGUAUUUGUGGAUGAAGCAGGACAGGCAAGUGAACCAGAAUGCCUAAUCCCUUUGGGGCUGGUCUCAGAAGUCACUGGGCAGAUAGUACUUUCAGGUGAUCCAAUGCAACUUGGUCCUGUGAUAAAAUCCAGACUUGCAAUAGCGUAUGGAUUAAACAUCUCCCUGUUGGAGAGACUGAUGAGUCGGUCCCUGUAUAUGAGAGAUGAGCAAGCUUUUGGUGCUUGUGGGUCAUACAACCCUCUCUUGAUUACAAAGCUUGUGAAGAAUUACAGAUCACAUGCUGCACUGCUUAGCGUGCCAUCAAGACUUUUCUAUCAUAAUGAAUUAGAAGUCUGUGCUGACCCCACUGUGGUAAAUUCUUUGUUGGGAUGGGAGAAGCUGCCAAGUAAACACUUUCCACUGAUUUUCCAUGGAGUGCAGGGCACUGAAAUGCGUGAAGGCCACAAUCCUUCUUGGUUUAAUCCUAUAGAAGCAGUCCAAGUAAUGCGUUACUGUUGCCUUCUUGCUAAAAACAUCUCCAAGACAGUAUCACAGAUGGAUAUAGGUGUGAUCACACCAUAUCGAAAACAGGUAGAAAAAAUAAGAAUUCUCUUACGUAGUGUGGAUCUAAUAGACAUCAAAGUUGGCUCAGUGGAAGAGUUUCAGGGGCAAGAAGGCCUGGUGAUCAUCCUAUCAACAGUUCGGUCAAAUGAUACUUCACUGAUUGAUGAAAGACACUAUUUAUCCUUCAUUGCAAAUUCAAAGCGUUUCAAUGUGGCCAUAACCAGACCCAAGGCAUUGCUCAUUGUUGUGGGGAAUCCUCAUGUGCUUGCCAAAGAUCUCUGCUUUAGUGCUCUUUUGGAUUACAGUUUAACUAAUGGAGUUUACGUUGGCUGUGACUUACCACGAGAACUAGAAAAUCAAAAACUAAAUGACCAGUUAAAGAGAAAUGCUGUGCUACCUGAUAAAUCUUCGUGAUCUGCCAAAUGUCUGAUACAGAAUGUAAAGGCAGCACUUCAUUUGCAGUUGAAUGUGUGCAUUUGUUUAAAGUGGUAUUAUAUAAGAGAAUUUUUGUUAUUUUAUGAUUUCAAAGUUGCUGUAUUUUUAUGUUGUAAAAUUAUAUGUGAGUAAAGUUUUCUGGGCAUUGUGA